AGUGCCAGCCUCUUAUCUUCCUUCGACUCCCAAGUCCUUCCUAGUUCGUACCGAGAGCUAGCUAGCUCGCCAUGGCGUUCUCCAAGCCCGCUGCACUCCUGCUGCUCGUUGCUCUGUCCGCGACCGCCAUGCUCGCCGCCGGCCAAGGCUGCGGCGGCCACAAGGUGACGGUGCAGAACCUAUGCGGGCAGGACCUGAAGCUGAGCCUGGAGGAAGUCGCGCACAGCGCGGCCCUCUUCCCCGACGGGUGGGUGCUCCCAGACGGGCAGCACGGGUCGUUCGACGUGUGCGCGUGGACGGGGGGCGUGCUCGCGCCCGGCGCGGCCGUGGCCAAGGUCCACCUGGGCCACGACGGCGGCGCGUACUACGAGGUGAGCACCAAGCAGCCGGGCCCCAUCCUUGUCUCCGUCACCCCGCACGGCAGCCCGCUGCGGGGGCACUGCCCCACGGCCGGGUGCAACGGCGGCGGCCACUGCUUCGAGCACUCCGUCCCCGACGGCGACUGCCACGGCGUCACCGAGGUGAAGAUCGUCUACUACAAGCCGUAGACCGAUCGAAUCGCCUUGCUAGCUGCUGCAUACCUGCGAGUGGUUUCCAAUAAUGUCGCAGUGCAGCUAGCUCGAUCGUCAGUCGGUACGGUGUUGCAGCUGUUUCCAAUGAUUGUGCGUUGGCGCGCGGUCACCGUCGUUAGUCGUGUAGUGUUUGAUUUGCAGUUUAACUUUGGACUUGCAGAGAUGCAUGCAUGGGCUUAGCUCAGAUGCAAGUGUUUGGGUGUCAUGGCUCGUGAGUCGGACACAGAUGUACCAGCUACUGUUAUUUCUACGUCUUUUCUAUAAAUGGUGAA